GAAAAAAAUUUCUCUUAUGCACAAAUGAUGCUGACAACAAAGGUUUUUUCAAAUCAAAGUCACCGAUACAACAGAUUUUGUGACAUUCAGCCUAUAUGACAGAAACCGCAUACAUAUUCUCAUUGGCAUGAACACAUUCGAUACUAUGCGUACUAUUCGCAACUCCUCGUAGCACACACAUAUUAUGCGCGUCUAUGUGCAGCUAUGCGGUCACUUUUUGCAGUAUGCAAAAGAGUAAAAAGCCCCUAGAUUUUCGUAGACAUCUAUUUUCUUCCUGAAUAGAUUUGACAGUGUCGUGAAACCCAGCGAAAUUUGUUUGAAUCGACAAUGCAACAAAAUCAUGAAGUGAUGCAAUAUACAGUUGAUUGACAUCGUUGAAUAUUCAUCGAUAUUUCUUGUUUAUGACUUACUCAUUUUUUCUUACACAAAUACACAAUUUAUUUCAUACUUACUUUUAAUAAAAACCACAUUCAAUCAAUUCAUUUAAAAUUGAAUCAAAAUUUCCACACAAGAUGAACGAUGGAGAUAAGAUGGUUUAUUACAAAAGAAAGUAGAAAAUAGAAACUGAGCUCCUUUGCAUACACUGCAGACUUGUCAGCCGUCAAGCAGAGUGCACUGAGAUUGCGCCCAAUGACAAUGCAUCGAAUCACUUGUGCAAAUAAAUCGAUCUAAAUAAAAACCAUCCUAUUGGGCGUGUUGAUAAUUUCGAAAUUAUAUUUCAAUUGUUCAAACAUUUCGAGAAAUUCGAAUUGCAAAAAUACGGGCAGAUUAAUUCGCACACCAGAAAUAACCCAGCAAGUGCACGUACACAGUCUGUAAGCAAGCGCUAACGUAUUUGGACACAUUCAUCGUUUGGAUUUUACAAAAAUGGUUCUGAAUUUGAUCCACUUUGCUUUGGCAUGUGUUUUGGCAUAUACCAUAUUUUAUGCAGUUCACUAUAGAGAUAAAAAUGACGAAGAGACUGACUUGAAUAAUAGCACUGAGACCACAUCAGAGGAAAUAUAUCAUGCAGACAUGAGUCACGUUAUACCAGAGGAACAGCUUAUGCACCGAGUUUUAGAUAAACGAUUUGUGAUUGGAGAAAUAAUAACAGUUGGUCGCGUUGCAACGAUUCGAAAAGGUGUGGACGUAACUACAGGCUCAAAUGUUGUCAUCAAGUUGGCCCAUCCUGAUGUCUCUGGUGAAAUAGCACAUUUCCUGGAAAACGAAUAUCACAGUUACUUACUAUUGAGAACCGAGGAUACGGCCGAUGUCGAUGUUGGCAUACCACAUGUUUUCCAUUUUGGUGCUUAUGGUGGAUAUACAUUCCUAGUUAUGGAAAUGCUCGGAUCAACACUCCAUGAUCUGAAAGAAUGGACUGGAAAAAACAAAUUAUUCAAAAAAACCAUUGCGAAGAUUGCAAUGCAAGCGAUCGACACUUUUGAUUAUAUUCACUCAAAAGGCGUCAUGAUUCAGGAUAUUGAUGCAAAAAAUAUGGCGAUCGGUAAUUCAAUGGAAACGAUGAAUAAGAUUUAUGUGUUUGAUUUCGCUUCCAGUAUCCCGAUUCCGCAAGAACAUAUGGUAAAAAGUGACCUAAUUGGAUUUGGUCUGGUACUUUUGGACUUAAAUGGAGUCGAAUUCCCAACAAUGACAUCUUCAUCGACGGGACAAAUCAUUACAAACACAGAUGAAAUUGUUGAACAAUUGAUGCAAGAAUGGAACGAAAAUUAUGUGAAGGAGUUAUAUAUGCAAUCGGACAUUCCAGAAAUAUUCAAAGAAUAUUUUGACUAUUUGACAUCGCUCAAAACUGACGAGCAUGUUGAUUACAAAGUGUUGAAAGUUACCUUCAUGGCUGCCCUGACUCCCGCUGAUUUAAAAAAAGAGAGCCUAGGAAUAUUGGACGCAAUGUUAUAAAACAAUUAUUUGCAUUUCUCUUGCGUUGAUUUUCAUCUCAUAUAAACGUUCAGCUUGAUUUAAAAUUGCAUCAAACAUUCAAAAACAUGUCUCUAUCAUCAUCAUCAUAUUUUAUUUGAACAACUUAACCUAUAGUUUUCCUAAUAUAUUUCGAUUUUUUUCAGAAAAAGUGUUUUUAACAAAAUUCGAUUUUGAAAUUUUGAGGUUUUGGAAUUGAAUUUUGUUUAGUUUUUCAUGAAGAAUUUUAUCGUGGUUUCAGUUUUCAUUUAUGAUGAGUCGUUUUGAAAAAUUUGCCAGGUUAAUAACGAAAAUAUGUAAUUAAUAUGUUAAUAAGAUCGGUAUCUUUGGGUUAAUUUUUCAAAAUGCUCAAUCGAAGCUUCAAACUGAAACCGCCACAAAAUUCUUCGUGAGAAACUAAACGAAAUCCGAAUUUAAAACCCCAGAAUUUCAAAAUCGAAUUUUGUUGAAAAACACUUUUUCUGAAAAAAAUCGAAAUAUGUUAGGAAAACUAUAACUUAACCAAAUGUGUGAUAAAAUUCAGAAAAUUUCACUUUUUUUCAAUAGCACACAUUUAAAAGAGAAAUUAGCUCAUAUCUUUGUCAAAACAAUAUCGAAUGUUUUCGAGUCGAAAAUUUCGACUUGACAUUCAAAAAUGUAAAUUUCCGAGGAAAAAAUCGCACGUUUUAAAAAUGUCUGGACAAAGUAAAUAAAACAAGCUGUUCAAAACGAA